AACCGGCUCGGGUUACUCCCCUCCUCCUUCAGCAUCUCGGGCCAGACAGAGAAGACCUUACUUGAGUUUACAGCGAGUCCUUUGCUGCUGUGCAAAACUGGGGGUCUGGAAACGCGCAGAGACCCGCCUGCUUUCCCGCGGGUCUCCACCUUUGAGCCUGAACCAAGACUCCUAAGUAUCGCUCUCGUCUGGAACACCGCUGGGAGGUUAACUGCGCUGUUUGGAACAGAUUUUGCUUCUCCGCUGGCCUUGCAUGAAACCAGGGGGAAAGAGUUGCGCUGAGAAUCUCAGGCUCUCGGGUUGUUCUUCAGAAACAAUGGUUAUUUCUUUGAACUCAUGCCUGGGCUUUAUCUGUUUAUUGUUAUGCCACUGGAUCAGGACAGCAUCAUCCCUGAACCUCGAAGACCCUAAUGUGUGCAGCCACUGGGAAAGCUACUCUGUGACUGUGCAAGAGUCAUACCCACAUCCCUUUGAUCAAAUUUACUACACCAGCUGCACUGACAUUCUGAACUGGUUUAAAUGCACGCGGCACAGAAUCAGUUAUCGGACAGCCUAUCGGCAUGGAGAAAAAACUAUGUAUAGGCGCAAGUCCCAGUGUUGUCCUGGAUUUUAUGAGAAGGAAAUGUGUGUCCCCCACUGUGCUGAUAAAUGUGUCCAUGGUCGCUGCAUUGCUCCAAACACCUGUCAGUGUGAGCCUGGCUGGGGUGGGACCAACUGCUCCAGUGCCUGCGACGGUGAUCACUGGGGGCCUCACUGCAGCAGCCGAUGCCAGUGCAAAAACAGGGCUCUGUGCAACCCCAUCACGGGGGCUUGCCACUGCGCCGCGGGCUUCCGGGGCUGGCGCUGCGAGGAACGCUGUGAGCAGGGCACCUACGGUAAUGACUGCCACCAGAGAUGCCAGUGCCAGAAUGGAGCCACCUGCGAUCACGUGACGGGGGAGUGCCGCUGCCCGCCAGGGUACACCGGAGCCUUUUGUGAGGAUCUCUGUCCCCCUGGCAAGCACGGGCCCCAGUGCGAGCAGAGAUGCCCCUGCCAAAAUGGAGGCGUAUGUCAUCACGUCACUGGAGAAUGCUCUUGUCCUCCCGGCUGGCUGGGCACAGUGUGUGGUCAGCCUUGCCCCGAGGGUCGCUUUGGAAAGAACUGUUCGCAAGAGUGUCAGUGCCACAAUGGAGGGACGUGUGACGCUGCCACAGGCCAGUGUCGUUGCAGCCCAGGAUACACCGGGGAACGGUGCCAGGAUGAGUGUCCCGUCGGCACCUACGGAGUUGGCUGUGCUGAGACCUGCCAGUGUGUCAAUGGCGGGAAGUGUUACCAUGUGAGCGGGUCGUGUCUCUGCGAAGCAGGCUUCGCUGGUGACCGCUGUGAGGCGCGCCUGUGUCCAGAAGGGCUCUACGGCAUCAAAUGUGACAAGCAUUGUCCUUGCCAUCCAGACAACACUCACAGCUGUCACCCCAUGUCUGGAGAGUGUGCCUGCAAGCCAGGCUGGUCGGGCCUCUACUGUAAUGAGACAUGUUCUCCUGGAUUCUACGGGGAAGCCUGCCAACAGAUCUGCAGCUGCCAAAAUGGGGCUGACUGUGACAGUGUGACAGGAAAGUGCACCUGUGCCCCAGGAUUCAAAGGAAUCGACUGCUCUACUCCAUGCUCUCUGGGAACCUAUGGGGUAAACUGUUCUUCUCUCUGCGGCUGUAAAAAUGAUGCCGUGUGCUCUCCUGUGGAUGGGUCUUGUACUUGCAAGGCAGGCUGGCAUGGGGUGGACUGCUCCAUCAGCUGUCCCAGCGGCACGUGGGGCUUCGGCUGUAACUUAACAUGCCAGUGCCUCAACGGCGGAGCCUGCAACACCCUGGACGGGACCUGCACCUGUGCACCUGGAUGGCGUGGGGAGAAAUGCGAAUUUCCCUGCCAGGAUGGCACGUACGGGCUGCACUGUGCCGAGCGCUGUGACUGUAGCCAUGCUGAUGGCUGCCACCCUACCACAGGCCAUUGCCGCUGCCUCCCCGGAUGGUCAGGUGUCCACUGUGACAGCGUGUGUGCUGAGGGUCGCUGGGGCCCCAACUGCUCCCUGCCCUGCUACUAAAACGGGGCUUCGUGCUCCCCGGAUGACGGCAUCUGUGAGUGUGCACCGGGGUUCCGAGGCACCACCUGUCAGCGGAUCUGCUCCCCUGGAUUUUAUGGGCAUCGCUGCAGCCAGACGUGCCCGCAGUGUGUGCACAGCAGUGGGCCCUGCCACCACAUCACAGGCCUGUGUGACUGCUUGCCUGGCUUCACAGGCGCCCUCUGCAAUGAAGUGUGUCCCAGUGGCAGAUUUGGAAAAAACUGUGCAGGAAUCUGUACCUGUACCAACAAUGGAACCUGUAACCCCAUUGACAGAUCUUGUCAGUGUUACCCGGGGUGGAUCGGCAGCGACUGCUCUCAGCCGUGUCCCCCUGCACACUGGGGCCCCAACUGCAUCCACACGUGCAACUGCCACAACGGGGCCUUCUGCAGCGCCUACGACGGGGAAUGCAAAUGCACUCCAGGCUGGACGGGGCUCUACUGCACUCAGAGAUGUCCUCUGGGCUUCUAUGGAAAGGACUGUGCAUUGAUAUGCCGGUGCCAAAAUGGAGCAGACUGCGACCACAUCUCUGGGCAGUGCACUUGCCGCACUGGCUUCAUGGGGAAGCACUGUGAGCAGAAGUGCCCCGCAGGAACAUACGGCUAUGGCUGUCGCCAGAUAUGUGACUGUCUGAACAACUCCACCUGCGACCACAUCACCGGGACCUGUUACUGCAGCCCAGGAUGGAAGGGGGCACGAUGUGAUCAAGCUGGCGUGAUCAUAGUUGGAAAUCUGAACAGCUUAAGCAGAACCAGUACAGCUCUCCCUGCGGAUUCCUACCAGAUUGGGGCCAUCGCAGGCAUCAUCAUUCUUGUCCUGGUUGUUCUCUUCCUCCUGGCCUUGUUCAUCAUUUAUAGACACAAGCAGAAGGGGAAAGAGUCGAGCAUGCCCGCAGUUACCUACACCCCCGCCAUGAGGGUCAUGAAUGCAGACUAUGCCAUUUCAGCAGAAACGCUUCCUCACAGCAACGGUGGAAACGCUAACAGCCAUUACUUCACCAAUCCCAGUUAUCACACCCUAACCCAGUGUGCCACGUCCCCCCGCAUCAACAACAGGGACAGGAUGACCAUCGCGAAGUCAAAAAAUAAUCAGCUGUUUGUGAAUCUGAAAAAUGUGAAUCCUGGAAAGAGAGGCCCCGUGGCAGACUACACGGGGACGCUGCCUGCAGACUGGAAACAUGGCGGCUACCUCAACGAGCUUGGUGCUUUUGGACUUGACAGAGGUUAUAUGGGAAAAUCCUUGAAAGACCUGGGAAAGAAUUCUGAAUAUAAUUCAAGUAACUGCUCCCUAAGCAGCUCUGAAAACCCAUAUGCCACCAUUAAAGACCCACCUGUCCUUAUCCCCAAACACUCAGAGUGUGGCUACGUGGAGAUGAAGUCCCCGGCUCGGAGAGACUCCCCAUACGCAGAGAUCAAUAACUCAACUUCAGCCAACAAGAAUGUCUAUGAAGUUGAACCUACGGUGAGUGUUGUCCAAGGAAUAUUCAGCAAUACUGGGCAUCUCACUCAGGAUCCCUAUGACCUCCCCAAGAACAGUCACAUCCCUUGCCAUUAUGACCUGCUGCCAGUCCGAGACAGUUCAUCCUCCCCCAAGCGAGAGGAUGGUGGCGGCAGCAGCAGCAGCAGCAGCAGUGAAUGACACCAAAGGACCACUGGGUCGCCGCUGGAACCCUUUCCAGAACUGCAGUUCGGUUCUUCUCCCUCCUCAAGUUUGCCAUCUUAUGUGAAUGGUCAUCUACUCGGUAGGCAGUUGUUGGAUGUGAACCAGAAAGCUCAAAGCUGAGGCUGACUGACCGUCGGUCCUUUUUGUCCAGGUGGCUCAGAAGGAAAUAUCAAUGUGAUUUCUCAUUCUUGUUAGUUUUAGAACUGCACUCGUGAAGCAUGACUUUUUGUAAAAUCUUGGCUAAAAGCAUGAACUUGCAGGACUCUUUCAAAGACACAGGUUGCAAUGGACAUUGGUACUGUUGCUUGAAAAAUUAAGAUUUAAAUAUUUUCCUUUUCACGUGCAUCAUAGAGCUGUAUCUGAGAUGGUGCAGUUUGCCAUACAAUUUACUUCAUAAACAUAAGAAGCAUUCAACAUGUAGAAGAAAAGGGGCAUAUUAUGGAGUCCUUAUUUAACUUUUUUCAGCUGGACUCGGAGUUGUAAAGAUAAUAUGAACUCUGCCGGAAACAUUCUGCCAAAUGGCAUUACUGGAUAGACUCUGAAUAAACUCUAGAGGUGGAUGGCAAAUUUAACUAUGAAAACUUUAGAUGUUUUUUAGAAGGAAGAAAUGUACAAUUAGAAUUACAUUAGAAAUACUAGAAUUAUUGCAGAAUCAAUACACAGAUGUGCCCGGCAGUGAUGCUUCUUCCCUGUCUUGAACCCUGGGCCCACUUUAGAUUCAUGACAUUAUUCUGAACAUGGUCCCCAUCAUACACAUUCACCACUUGAGAUCUGUAACAUAUCAAUAAUUAUUUCAUAAAUAUAGAAGUGAAAUAAUUUUAUUUUUGACAGAUUAGAUGGAAUGAGUGUAUAAUGAUUGGAAAAGUGUGUAAAUUUUAGGUGUAAGAUGACUCUUAAGUUUUGUAAACCAUUAGUAAUACCCGCUGUAAUAUAGAAUUAGCAGAAAGUUUUCAUUAAUUUUUCCCUAGAAGCGACCGAAAUAUUUUUGUGCAUAUUUGAGAAAAGGGCACUUUCCUUUUAUUAAUUGUUGAUGUAGAGAAACUAUGCUUAAGCUGGUCUUUUGCAUUGCUAAUAUGACAUGUACCCCAUUUUUCAUUAAUUUGUAUUUCCAUUUUUAAGUUGUAUAUUCUAUGUUUUGUAGUGUUUGGAUUGUUAAUGAAAAAAUAUUAUAUGUUUAUUGUUUCUUGUAUCACGGCCACUUUUUGCUUGAGAAAAAUGCGUUGUUCUUUUUUUCUUGUGGAGAGAAGAGAUGAAAAUAUAUAAAUUGAAUCCAUUAAAAUCGGCCAUUACUAAAAUAGUGCAGUAACCACAGAUGAAUGGCUUAUAAUUGAAGUGGAGAAGUGUUUUAAUGUUAUGAAAUGGAGUUCAUUUUGUCCGUGGGUCCUGAAUCUUAGUUAAACCGAGGAGAAGUGAGCUGGGCAGCCACGCUGUCAAGCAAGUACCACAGUCUGAUCUUCCUAAUCACCAUCGUUUGGGUAGUUCGAUAAUAGAUCAUCCAGACUGGGACACU